AUGCUGUCAGCUCGUUCCAUCGCGCAGAAACCUGUGGCUCGUGGGCUGGCCACAGUGUCAAAACUGACCAGAGACUCGAAGGUUCACCAAAACUUGUUGGAGGACCACUCUUUCAUCAACUACAAGCAGAACUUGGAGAAUGUGGAUAUCGUCAGAAAAAGACUGAACAGACCCCUGACAUACGCGGAAAAGAUCUUGUACGGACACUUGGACGACCCUCAUGGUCAGGACAUUGAGAGAGGUGUCAGUUACUUGAAGCUUAGACCAGACCGUGUGGCAUGUCAGGACGCUACCGCUCAGAUGGCAAUCUUGCAAUUUAUGUCUGCGGGCUUGCCUCAGGUCGCCAAGCCAGUUACCGUCCACUGCGAUCACUUGAUUCAGGCUCAGGUCGGCGGCGAGAAGGACUUGAAGAGAGCCAUUGACCUUAACAAGGAGGUUUUCGAUUUCUUGGCCACCGCUACCGCCAAGUACAACAUGGGCUUCUGGAAGCCAGGCUCUGGUAUUAUCCACCAAAUCGUGCUAGAGAACUACGCCUUCCCAGGUGCCUUGAUCAUCGGUACCGAUUCUCACACUCCAAACGCUGGCGGUUUGGGUCAAUUGGCCAUCGGUGUUGGUGGCGCUGACGCUGUCGACGUCAUGUCUGACUUGCCAUGGGAAUUGAAGGCUCCAAAGAUUUUGGGUGUCAAGCUGACAGGUAAAAUGAGCGGCUGGACUUCUCCAAAGGACAUUAUUCUGAAGCUUGCUGGUAUCACAACCGUUAAGGGUGGUACCGGCAAGAUUGUUGAGUACUACGGUGAAGGUGUCAACACCUUCUCUGCGACCGGUAUGGGUACCAUCUGUAACAUGGGUGCCGAAAUCGGUGCUACAACCUCCGUUUUCCCAUUCAACCACUCUAUGGUUGACUAUCUGAAGGCUACUCGCCGUGGCGAGAUUGCUGACUUCGCAAAGCUAUACAACAGCGACUUGCUGUCUGCCGACAAGGGCGCUGAGUACGAUGAAGUUAUUGAGAUUAACUUGAGUGAGUUGGAGCCUUACGUGAAUGGCCCAUUCACGCCUGAUUUGGCUACCCCAAUCUCAAAGAUGAAGGAAGUCGCUGUCCACAACAACUGGCCUCUAGAGGUCAAGGUGGGUCUGAUCGGAUCCUGUACCAACUCUUCUUACGAAGACAUGUCUCGUGCUGCCUCGAUCGCUGAAGACGCUGCCUCUCACGGCUUGAAAUCCAAGUCAUUGUUCACUAUCUCUCCAGGUUCUGAACAAGUUAGAUCUACCAUUGCCCGUGACGGUCAGCUAAAGACUUUCCAAGACUUUGGCGGUGUUGUCCUGGCUAACGCGUGUGGACCAUGUAUCGGUCAAUGGGAUCGUCAAGACAUCAAGAAGGGUGACAAGAACACUAUUGUUUCUUCUUUCAACAGAAACUUUACCUCCAGAAACGACGGUAACCCAGAAACCCACUCUUUUGUUGCGUCCCCAGAGAUCACCACUGCUCUAGCUAUUGCUGGUGAUCUAAGAUUCAACCCAAUGACCGACAAGUUGAAAGACAAGGAUGGAAAUGAGUUCAUGUUGAAGCCUCCUACCGGUGUUGGUUUGCCAGUUAAGGGCUACGACCAAGGUGUUAACACCUACCAGGCCCCACCAGCGGAGCGUUCCAGUGUUGAGGUCAAGGUUUCUCCAACUUCUGACCGUUUGCAACUAUUGACGCCUUUCGACGCUUGGGAUGGCAAGGACCCAGUUGACUUACCAAUUUUAAUCAAGUCUUUGGGUAAAACCACCACUGACCAUAUCUCUAUGGCUGGUCCAUGGUUGAAGUACCGUGGUCAUCUGGAAAACAUCUCUAAUAACUACAUGAUCGGUGCCAUCAACGCUGAGAACAAAAAGGCCAACUGUGUCAAGAACUUCUUUACCGGUGAGUACGCUGGUGUCCCAGACACCGCCAGGGAAUACAAGAAGCGUGGCCAAAAGUGGGUUGUCGUUGGUGGAGAGAACUUCGGUGAGGGUUCUUCCCGUGAGCAUGCCGCUUUGGAACCAAGAUACCUCGGCGCCUACGCUAUCAUUACUAAAUCCUUUGCUCGUAUCCACGAGACCAACUUGAAGAAGCAAGGUCUAUUGCCUUUGACUUUCGGUAAGCCAGAAGACUAUGACAGAAUCAACCCAGACGACCUUGUCGACCUCGUGGGUGUCACUGAACUAGCUCCAGGUAAGCCAGUUACCAUGAGAUUGAAGACCAAAUCCGGCGAGACUUGGGAGACCCCUCUAAACCACACCUUCAACUCCGAGCAAAUCGGAUGGUUUAAGGCUGGUUCUGCUUUGAACAUGAUCACUCAAAGCAAGAAGAGCGCUUGA